CAUGGGGCUCACCGCUGGGGAGCUCGUCUCGUCGCUUCUGGGGCUGUGGCUGCUGCUGUGCAGCUGGGGGUGCCCCGGGAGCGCCGAGCCACGGGCCCCGCCGGAUAAGAUCGCGAUCAUCGGAGCUGGAAUUGGUGGCACUUCAGCAGCCUAUUAUCUGCGGCAGAAAUUUGGGAAAGAUGUGAAGAUUGACCUGUUUGAAAAAGGAGAGGUGGGGGGCCGUCUGGCCACCUUGACUGUGCGGGGGCAAGACUAUGAGGCAGGAGGUUCUGUCAUCCAUCCUUUAAAUCUGCACAUGAAGCGUUUUGUCAAGGACCUGGGUCUCUCUACUGUUCAGAGCUCUGGUGGCCUAAUGGGGGUGUAUAAUGGAGAAACUUUGGUGUUUGAGGAGAGCAGCUGGUUUAUAAUUAACAUGAUUAAACUAAUUUGGCAAUAUGGAUUUCAGUCCCUCCGAAUGCACAUGUGGGUAGAGGAUAUAUUAGACAAGUUUAUGAGGAUCUACCGCUACCAAUCUCAUGACUAUGCCUUCAGUAGUGUUGAAAAGUUACUACAUUCUCUAGGAGGGGACGACUUCCUUGGACUGCUUAACCAAACACUUCUUGAAACCCUGCAGAAAGCAGGCUUCUCUGAGAAAUUCCUCAAUGAAAUGAUUGCUCCCAUCAUGAGAGUCAAUUAUGGCCAAAGCAUGAGCAUCAAUGGCUUUGUGGGGGCAGUGUCAAUGUCCGGUGCUGAUUCUGGCCUUUGGGCAGUAGAAGGUGGCAAUAAACUUGUUUGCUCACGGCUCCUUCAGGCUUCCAAAAGCAACCUUAUACGUGGCUCAGUAAUGUACAUAGAGGAGAAAACAAGGGCCAAGCAGACAGGAAAUCCCACAAAGAUGUAUGAAGUGGUCUACCAAACUGGAUCUGAAACCCGUUCAGACUUCUAUGACAUCGUCUUGGUGGCCACUCCAUUGAAUCGAAAAAUGUCCAAUAUAACUUUUCUCAACUUUGAUCCUCCAAUUGAGGAAUUCCAUCAAUACUACCAACAUAUAGUGACAACUUUAAUUAAGGGGCAAUUGAAUUCAACUAUUUUUAGCUCUAGAGACUUAGAUAAGUUUGAUCUCGGUAUGAUCUUAACCACUGAUAAUUCAGAUUUGUUCAUUAACAGCAUUGGGAUUGUGUCCUCUGUAAGCGAAAAUAAUCCUCAACCAUCAACAGAUGGGACAUAUGUUUGGAAGAUCUUUUCCCAAGAAAUUCUUACUAAAGAACAAAUUUUAAAGCUCUUUUUGUCCUAUGAUUAUGCUGUGAAGCAGCCGUGGCUUGCAUAUCCUCAUUAUAAGCCUCCAGAGAAAUGCCCCUCCAUCAUACUCCACGAUCGACUUUAUUACCUCAAUGGCAUGGAGUUUGCAGCAAGUGCCAUGGAGAUGAGUGCCAUUGCAGCUCACAAUGCUGCUCUCCUUGCCUAUCACCGCUGGAAUGAGCACGUGGACAUGAUUGACCAAGAGGACUUAUAUGAGAAGCUUAAAACUGAACUAUGAAAUAAGUCACUUUUUCCCCCUCUUGGUUCCAAAUGGAAUAUCACUGGCAAAAAGGAACACAAUCUGAGAUGAUUUUGAAUCAGAUAUUUUGCCAUUAUCAUGGUUUAAUGAAAGUAAUACCAGUUAAUCAAGAGAAAAUACAAAGUUCUAAUUAAGUGUGAAGGUGUAAUGCAUUUAUGCCAUCUCCAAAAUUUCUUAACUCUUUUAGUAUCCAUCAUCAACAGUGUUUCCCAAACUUCCCUGAUCUUAAGAGUCAUCUGGAAUUUGUCAAAACAUAUAGAUUCU